ACGAGAGGUCGCCAUCUUUGCUCUGAAAGUGAAAAAUUUCCAAGUUGCCGGUUUUUCCAACAUUUGACAAGAUGUUGAGAUCGGUAGCAUUUGUGAGGGUUGCUGCGAGACAGCAAACUAUACAGCGACUUGGUAAACAAGUUACAAAGCGGAUGAUAUGCAGCCAGUGUGCGUCUAGGAGUAUUUCUCUACUGAAAAGAAACCAUACAUUACAUCAUUUGCAAAAGUCACUUCCCGUUGCCUGUAUACAACCACACAGAUAUUAUAGUUCAGAUCUACCAGAUCAUGUUCCUGUUGCCCUACCAGCUCUCUCACCUACUAUGGAGGUGGGCACAAUAGUGCGAUGGGAGAAGAAAGAGGGUGAAGCACUGGCAGAGGGAGACCUUCUGUGUGAGAUAGAAACCGAUAAAGCCACCAUGGGCUUUGAGACACCAGAAGAGGGCUUCCUUGCUAAGAUCUUGGUACCAGGAGGAACCAAAGAUGUUAAACUAGGAGAGUUGGUGUGUAUCAUAGUGGAGGAUGAGGCGAAUGUUGCAGCAUUCAAGGAUUAUGUUCCCCCAGCAGGAGCCGCUCCAGCAGCACCCGCUGAACCAGCUCCAGCCCCUGUAGCUGCUGCUGCCCCACCCCCCACACCAACCCCUGCCCCUAUCCCACCCCCUGCACCUGUCAGUGCUCCUCUUCCCCCAGCAGCGGCACCCUCAGGAGGCAGAGUUAUUGCAUCACCAUUAGCCAAGACUUUAGCAGCUGAGAAGGGAAUAGAUCUUUCACAAGUAACUGGCACAGGGCCAGAAGGCAGAAUCAGGGGUCAGGAUGUACAGUCUUUCACCCCCAGUGCUGCCUCUACCCCCAGUGUUGUAGUUGCCACCCCUCCCCCUACAGCUGGUGCAGGCUUUGUUGAUAUACCACUCAGCAGCAUGAGACAGGUGAUUGCCAAACGUUUAACAGAAUCAAAACAGACAAUACCGCAUUACUACCUUUCGAUUGAUAUUAAUAUGGAUGAAAUAAUUGCAUUGAGAAAAGAAUUGAAUGAAUACUUAGCCAAGGAAAAUCAGAAGUUGUCUGUAAAUGACUUUGUAAUCAAAGCUGCGGCCCAGGCUUGCAAGAAGGUACCAGAAGCCAACUCUUCAUGGCAGGAUACUUUUAUAAGGCAAUAUGAUAGUGUAGAUGUCAAUGUAGCAGUGUCUACUGAAAGUGGUCUAAUUACACCUAUAGUAUUCAAUGCUGACAGCAAGGGCAUUGCAACCAUCAACUCUGAUGUCAGUACUCUAGCUCAAAAGGCCCGGGAUGGAAAAUUACAAUUGAAUGAAUUUCAGGGUGGCACCUUUACAAUCUCCAACCUAGGCAUGUUUGGUAUUAAGAACUUUUCAGCAGUCAUUAAUCCACCACAGGCUUGUAUACUAGCAGUGGGAGGAUCAGAGCAGCGGUUGGUGGUUGAUGAGCAUAAUGAUUUAGGGUAUAGCGCAGCAAGUAUGAUGAGUGUUACUCUCAGCUGUGACCAUCGGGUUGUAGAUGGCGCUGUAGGAGCUACGUGGCUAGCGGAAUUUAAAAAACUGCUAGAGAAACCGCACACAAUGUUACUAUGAUAGAUCAAUCACUAAGGACAAAGUCUAGCAUUAAAUGGGAACAUUGGGUAUUGAAAUGUUACAUGAACAAGGCACAAACUUUAAGGGUGCGUCAUGAGGAUUUUAGACAGUCUCGUUAAAGUUGAAAUAUACUAAAAAGCAGGUGGUUCAGAUCUUCUGCGACUGGGUUGACACCAAUCAACCCAUAUGUCAUCCUUUUCGUUAUUCCACAAAACAAGGCAUUUUAGAAUAGUUUUUGGGCAAGAAUCUACAAGUAAUAUUUUCAACUUGAAAUCAGGGGAUUUGUACAUUGGGAAAUGAAGUUGAUCCUACAUUGCAGCUUAUAUUUCAUGGCAUUUGUUUUAUGCAAGACUUCCAUUAUCAUAAUAUUUGUCACGACAAUUUAGUCACAAUUAUGCAGUAUGAAUAAUUUCCCGAUGUGGUAGGAACUCUUGAAAAUAAAUAAAGAAGCACGAUGUAUAGAAAAAAAACUAAAGUAAUGAAGACUGGUUGAAUUUGCAUUCAGUCAUCUUGCCCCUAUUGUAAAACUCAUUUAAUUAGACUCAUGUAACACCAAAAAUAGUUGUUUUGGUGAACUAGACUGUUUUAAGUGGCCUGAGAAUAUGUUGUUGUAGGGUAGGUAUACUAACAGCUACAAGUAUAUAAAUUAUAGAAGUUGAACCCGAUGCACUAAAUUGUUAAAUGUUCAGUAUAUACAAAAUAUGAUUCGUCUUUAUUUUUAGCUUG